AUGGAAUCCCUGAGGGUGCAGAUUGUGUCGGACCUUCACCUCGAAAUGUCUUCCAGAAAGGCGAAACAUAUACCAGUGACCGCACCUCAUAUCGCUUUGCUGGGCGACAUUGGAAGAGGCAACAGCAAGGAGUAUGCGGCCUUUGUUGAGGAUCUGUCACGGAGGUAUUCGACCGUCCUUAUUGUUGCUGGCAAUCACGAGUAUUACACAUGCAAUUAUGACGACGUGAACGAGGCAAUCUCUGCACUGGCAGACAGACUCCCCAACGUGCUCUUUCUGAACCGUGAUUGUGUUGAACUCGAAGGUGUUCAGGUGAUUGGGUGCACGCUGUGGAGUCAUGUGCCACCCGCUUGCCAGCGUGCCGUACAGGCAACCUUGAAUGACUACCUCCUUAUCCGAACCGAAGACGUUUUCGGUAAUCCGAGGCCCUUAACAGUGGCUGAUACGAAUGCGCUUCACCAGGUUGAUCUGCAGUUUAUCAGAGGCAAGAUCGAAGAGUGCCGGACAAAGGGUCAGAGCGCGUUAAUCCUCACUCACCACGCGCCUCUGAUGAACGGAACGUCCGACCCCAAGUUCGAGGGCCGUCCAACUAACCAUGCCUUUGCCACGGACCUGAGGGAGCUCAUGGGCGCCCCGGUUGUUGCUUGGGCUUAUGGGCACACUCACUUCAACCCUCGAUCGCUGCUGGGUGCUGGCAGCACCAUGCUUGUUUCCAAUCAGAAAGGCUACAAUGGAGAGGCGGUUGGGAGGCCGUUUGACCCUGGUGCUUUCCUCCAGAUCGAUGGGACGAAGGCCACGCCGUUCACUAAGAAGUCUAACCUCACGCGACACGUCAGUGUGCACUUCAAGGACCUCUCUCCACCAGCAACUUAUGCAGGGUGGAAGCAGCACUUCAAGUAUACCCAUAUUUUCGGCCUCCCAGACGGCAGGCUAUGGAGCACAAAAGCGGGAAAGUUCCUUGAAGGGUUUCAAUUGAACGGGUACUCAAGAGUGUACAUAGAAGGUAAGAGCAUCGCAAGACACCGGAUAAACUUCGAGAUCUCUGUAGGACGAGCCGUUGGGGAGGCCAUGGAGGUGGACCACAUCGUUUCACCCCCUUUGUUACCGGAUGGUUCGCCCUAUGGGCCCCAAGACGACAGCUGGGGCAAUCUUCAGGAAUUGACAAAGGAGGAUCACGGGAAGAAGACCAUGGCAGCCAAUCCGGGUGCCGGCAAGAAGCGCGGUGUCAGAAUGGGCUUCCCAGUUAUCUCUGUUCAAGUGGCAACUGGGGUGGAGCGGCGUUUCAAGUCCUUUAGAGACGCGGCAGAGGCCUAUGGGGUGUUCCCAGCACAUAUCUGGGAUCGUGUGAACAAGCCGCACAGUAGUAGAACAGGGCUGCAGGGCUAUACUUUCCACAAAUGUCCACAGUUCGUUGCCGACCAGGCGGACAAGCCAGGGGAGGUCUGGGAGGAUGCAUUGCAUCACGGCAAGCGGAUCAAGGGAGUCCGUGUGAGCACAUUAGGUCGAGUGGAAUGGGAAGAUGGCAAAAGACGGGGUGCAAGGACGAUGCGUCACAAGAAGUGCUACUUCCGUGGUACAAUUGAAGGGGUCAAGAAGCACCUUUACGUGCACAUUGUGGUGGCCCACACCUUCUUAGGCCCCCAACCGAGCUCCGAUCACACCGUGGACCACAUCAACCAGGACAGUGUUGACAACCGGCUCGUGAAUCUGCGAUGGGCAACAUAUUCGGAGCAGAACAGGAACCGAUCCAAUAACCGAGCAGUUGAGAAGCUGGACACAGCAGGCCAUGUCUUGGCUACAUAUGGGACAAUUGCUGAGGCCGCUGAUGCAAUCAAGAGGCCAUACCAAACCCUUGCUAGUGCAAUACAGAACAGAACGGUGUUGGAAGGGUUCAUGUGGCGAGACCGUGCCUGA